AUGCCGAACGAUACUGACUUCGAGGGUGUUCCUGUGAUGCCUGAAUUAGACCUGUUUGACGUCUUUGAUUCCUCAGAGACGAUCAUCACCAUCGUCUUGCAACCGAUUUUUCUGGCGAUUGGUUUCACUGCCAAUGUUGCAUUCCUGUUCGUCGUUGGGCGACUGCGCCACAUGCGCACGGCCAUCAACUGUCUCUUGAUCAACUUGGCUGUGGCAGACACCCUCUUUCUUACCGUUUCGGUAUCACAGAAGGUCGCCAGGUACCUCUGUACCCCUUAUCUGAAGGAUGAUGCCUUCAUGGGGAACGCUGGUUGUGUCUCACUCAAGAUCCUUCAGGAUUGUUGCUGUAUGGUCUCCAUGAUCCUGAUCACGCUUGUGUCUUGGCAGAGGUUCUUGGCUGUUUGCAGACCACAAAGUUACAUGCUUCAAGAGAAGAUGACCGGUGCCUCGUGCCGCCACGCAGGUUUCUCCUGGAUCGCCGCGGCCAUUACUGCAUGUUUCGCUGGUCCAAGUUCUUCCACUUUCGCCGUUUACUCAGUGCCUUCUAACAUUACGCUGAGUAACCCCGACUUCCCCAAAACCAUUGGAUUCUGUACGCCUGUCAAUGUUACCUGGCUUUAUAUCGGAUGUCUUUCCCAAAUUCUGCCCUUCUUCGCUGCGUUUGUAUUAAACUUUGUACUGUACUGGAAAAUCGUCACCAGGAUGCGGCGCCACACUCGAAGCAUGAGCACUGGGGGAGCAGGUGCCAAACGACGACGGGAUCAAGUGACUCUGAUGCUCGUUGUAACGGGGGCAACGUUCUUUCUGUGUCUGGCUCCCUUCGAGGUCAACACUCUCUUGAUGCUGAUUUUCAAGGAGGGAGUUACCAGUCAGGUCAUGCACGUGUUCAGGAUGCUGAUUUACGCUAACUGUGCGAUUAACCCUUUCAUCUACACAGCUACAAAUCAGUGUUACCGUAAGGCUUUCAAGAAAGUGUUUUCCUGCUAA